AUGAGUACUCUCAAGAACAAUAGCCUCAUUAUUCUCACUUUAUUCAAUUGUCUUAUUUCGUCGUCGUUUUUCUUCGUUGUGAAUGCCGAGUUCGAAGCAGUUCUUGAAGAUUUUAAAUUAAAACAGGUGGAAUGGAGAGGAGAUGCUGGAGGAGUUACAAUAAACGGGACCGCGUAUAAACUCGAGCAGUGCCAUUGGCAUAUUCCUUCCGAACAUACGAUAAACGGAGUCAGAUUUGAUAUGGAGAUGCAUAUUGUUCAUAUCAGCUCUAAGGGAGAUAUUGGUGUUGUGAGCAUCCUGUACAAGUUAGGAUCGCCUGAUUCUUUUCUCGCACGUCUUCUUCCGCACCUCGAAAACGCUAAUCGUGAAGGAACUGACGUGGGAGUUCUCGAUCCAUUAGACAUCAAAUUUGAAGGCGGAGAAUAUUACAGAUACACCGGUUCACUCACAACUCCUCCGUGCUCAGAAACUGCUACUUGGACAAUAAUUAAGACUGUGAGUAAUUAGUUUC